AUGGUCACGAUCAAAGCAGCACGGUGUCCUGAGCUGGACGAACUUGCUGCGCAUGGCCUCUCUGCUGGCAGCUGCUGUGGUCUCGCAGUGCUCAAGGUCGGCACCAGUCGCAUGGAGCUGCGGGUCGGCCUCGCGGGGCGACGGCAGAUGGAAGUGACAGUGAGCGAAGCAGAGAAGGCCAUGGCAUUGGAAGUGGUGGACCUAGUGCUACAAGGACGAGAAGACGACUUCCUGGCGCUCCUGUCGCCGCGUGCGUUGGCCGCGAUCCCCGCCGCCGAGUGGCGUUCCUGCGCCCGGUUCGGGCGGGGUAGCAAGGCGGAAGAGCCACAGGUCAUCGGCAAGAUGGGCGUUUGGGUCAUCGUCACGGCGCGCACGAAAGUGAAGCUUUGGAUGUCUCAGAAGAUCAAGCUGUUGGUCUUCAAGGUCUCCGUAGACCCUGGCACGCGGCAAAUGGAGGGCUUUACCAUCCUUGAUCAGAUCCCGGAGGUCCAAGCUGUGCCCAGUGAGGUCCAGUUGGCUGAUGCUUGGCACUUUGGCUCCUGCACCAAGGCGGUGACGGCCACCUUAGCAGCAGUGCUUUUGGAGCAAGAACCGCGGCUCUCUUGGGAUCUCACUGUGGCCGAUGCUUUGGCAAUGGCCGCCACGGCCUCUCCAUCGGGCCACGCGCUGGCGGCCGUCGCGGCGCAGAGCGCCUUCCGGGACGUGACGCUGGAGCAGUUGCUGACGAAUCGUGGAGGUUUGUGGCAGGAGCAGGAUCCUCAGACCUGGAGCUACGCUUGGGACCUGGAUCGCGAAGCACACUCUACCCAGGAGCAGCGCAGGAGGUACUACACACGGGUGCUGGCUUUACAAGCGCAUGAGGUGGGCAAGUAUGAGUACUCCAAUGAUGGCUUCGGUUUGGCAGGAUUGAUGCUGGAGACUGUCCUGCAAGAAUCGUGGGAGGAGCUGGUCCGGAAGCACAUCUUCGAGCCCUUGGGGAUGACUAACAGUGGCUUCUACGCCAUGGGUGCCUCAGCCCCGCGCGGGGCACAGCGCAACUUCAUUUGGGGCACGAGGCCCGGCGGGCCGGGAGAGCCCGGCACGCCGAUGGACCCUACCGAAGGUCCAGGUGCAGACAACCCGGCAGCCAUUGGCCCAGCGGGGGUCAUCCAUGGAAGUUUGGAGGAGAUGGGCAGGUGGAUCGGUCACAGUUGGCUGGGGGAACUGCAUGGAAGGUCAUGUGAGCCGUGGUUUGUGAUUGAAUGA